UGAUUGCCUGCGCCGCAUGCGCUCAUUUUGUACGUGAGCGGCACUGUUAAAUGUCAUUCAAAAUGUCUCUUCUUUCUGCCACACAAGCACCUGCAGACGGAGUCAGACACAAACAGAACAAUGUUGCCCUUCAUGUGGAGAGGGAAAAUCUAGGAAAUGGCGUACUUUACAUCGCUGAAAGCUAUGUAUCGUGGAUCAACGCUACCAGCCAAGGUGUAAAGAUCCCCUACCCUGCCAUCUCGUUGCACGCUGUAUCCAGGGAUCUAACUGCCUACCCACAUGAGUGUCUCUACCUCAUGAUUGACACAGCGCUCAUGCCGGAAUUACUACAAAUCCCAAUUUCUAGAGACACUGGUGGGGCGGGAGACAACGAAGACGAUGAAGAAGAAGAAACGCAGCCAGAUCAAGCUGGGGCCAUCCGGGAAUUGAGAUUCAUACCUGACAACAAACAAACCUUGGAGCCGAUGUUUACAGUGAUGUCGGAUUGUCAGACUCUCCACCCAGAUCCAGAGGACUCGGAACCCUCGGAUGAAGAUUUUGGGGAUGAAUUUGAUGAUGCAGAGGAAGACAUGGGGGAGGAAUGUGCGGAGGGCGUGGAGGGGUCAAGUGUCGACGAGGUCACGGGUCAAGCUGGGCAGGGGCAACAGGCAAGGGCCGGUCUGAACGGACACGCCGGCAGCGGCACGAUCAAAAUGGCGGCACAGUCAGGUUCCGGAGAACACGAUGAAGCCAUGGACACAGGACAAUUUGCCGACGCUGAUAUGGAACCCGAUCACUAACCCCACUUCACUAACCUUAAAUUCCUCUACAGUAAAAGUACUUCAUCUUUUUGUCUGUCUACCCGCUACUUACAGAGCAAAGUUCGAUCUGUGAGAAAAACAUUCCUGUCUAGAUCCCAGAAACACAAGAGAUUUCAGUAAUUUAGUGCUUUAGCUAGAUUUGAUGAAACACUACAGAUGAUUUAUAGAGUAUGUUGAUUACUGAACUGUAUUUCGUAGCAUGCUUAACCCAAAAUCUAAUACCCCCAGACUUUUUUGUUACGGUAGACAGUGUCUUCUGGUGUGUAGACAAAUAGUCUGGACAUUUUAUAAGAAUUGAAAACUAAUUGUGAAAGAAAUAGUUGAAUUUCUUUUGUGCCCAAUUCUUUAGUAGAUCAAAAACAUCAAUGUUGAGAAAUUGAAUCCUAAAUUGGAAUUGUGCCCUUAAAGGGAGUCCCAAGUCUUCAAUGAAUUAUGACGGGAACAUUUCACAUGAAUUGUCUUCAAAUUUAUCUUGGCUUUUCAAACCCCAAAACAAGUAUUGUUUACAAGUAAAUGUAAAUAAAGCAUUGUUGCCAGUUUUGUUACAAAA